AUGCGGGCGCAAGAUCCUGCUGUCCUGUUCUUGGUCGAGACAUGGGUAGUUCCAAGAGUGACAAGGGCUGGCGGUUUGGCCCUCUUAUGGAAGAACACAAUUCAGAUUGAUGUGGACUCCUCUUCUCUCAAUCAUAUAGACAUUAUAGUCAACAAAGGGAAGGAGGAUUCAUGGAGGUUCACGGGUAUUUAUGGGUUUCUGGAGGCUAGCCGGAAAAGUGACACUUGGAAUUUACUGCGUAAUCUCCAUCGGAAAUACACCCUUCCGUGGUUGUGCGCCGGCGAUUUCAAUGAAAUUCUAAUGUCACAUGAAAAGCUUGGAGGGGGACUAAGAAGUGCAGCAACGAUGAGUGAAUUCAGAGAAGUUGUGGAUGAUUGUGGGUUCAUGGACUUAGGUUAUGUGGGGAAAAAAUAUACUUGGAGAGGCAAGAGAGUUGAUACCAUGGUAUUGGAGAGACUUGACCGUGCUCUUGCUACUCAUUCUUGGCUUGCUCAGAAUCCAGCUACUAGAGUUCAAUGCAUUCGGUCCAAUGUUUCAGAUCAUUAUCCCAUUAUUAUUAAUCCUAAAGGGGUUGCAGAUAGACCUUGCAAACCCUUUAGGCUUAUGGAGUGGAGCAAGAGAUCCUUUGGCAGCGUGAGGAAGCAGUUGGAGGAAAAAUCAAAACUUCUGGAAAAGGCUGAAUUUGCAGCGACAAGGGGAGCAGACUAUGAGCCAGUGAGAUUACUAAAAUUGGAGGUUAAUGAAUUGUUGGACAAAGAGAGCUUAAUGUGGCAGCAGAGGGCUAGAACUUUGCUUCUUAAGUGUGGUGAUCAAAACACACGAUUUUUCCACAACAAAGCUUCUCAGAGAUUUCGACGCAAUAGGAUUGUGGGUUUAUUGGAUGAUUCUAAUUCAUGGUGCACAGAGACUAAGCAGGUGGCUGAUAUUAUAGUUGGGUUUUAUUCAAGGUUGUUCACAUCUGAGAGACCAUCCAAUGCCCAAGGUAUUUUGGAAGUGAUACAACCAAUAGUCACUGAAGAGAUAAACACCAACCUAACUAGAGAUUUUACUAGACAAAAGGUUGAUCUUGCUUUGAAGGAGAUGGCCCCACUUAAGGCUCCAGGACCCGAUGGUAUGCCUCCUCUUUUCUUUCAGUCUUUUUGGCCUUUGAUUGGUGAUGAUGUCUCUAAAGCUGUCCUGGAUUGUUUACAAUCAUGUUAUAUCCCUAAAGAGUUCAAUUACACAUAUGUGACUCUUAUUCCUAAAGUGAAAAAUCCUGUAAAAAUUGCUGAGUUCAGACCGAUAAGUUUGUGUGAUGUUAUUUAUAAAUUGAUUUUAAAGGUUCUAGCAAACCGAUUGAAACCUUUAUUGCCUUCUAUUGUGUCUGAGAAUCAAAAUGCCUUUCAAGCUGGGAGGGUAAUCACAGACAAUAUCCUCAUGGAAUUUGAAACUUUACAUUACAUGAAAACUCAGCAAACUGGUUCCACAGGUUUUAUGGCUCUCAAACUCGACAUGAGUAAUGCGUAUGACCGAGUUGAAUGGUCUUUCCUGGAAUGCUUGUUAAGAAAGUUGGGUUUUCAUAACCGUUGGGUUGAUCUUAUGAUGGAGUGCAUUACUACUGUCUCUUACUCCAUUCUGAUCAAUGGGGAGCCUUCACAAACCAUCUAUCCUAGUAGAGGAUUGCGACAAGGGGAUCCUAUCUCUCCAUACCUAUUCCUCCUAGUUACAGAGGGUUUGCAUGGCCUUAUUUCCAAAGCGGCCACUUCUGGUGAUAUUAGAGGUAUAUCUAUUUGCAGGAAUGAACCUCGCUUAACCCACUUAUUUUUUGCAGAUGAUAGCCUUCUUUUCUGUAGAGCUUCUUUACAGGAAUGCAAUCACAUACAAACCCUUCUAGCUACUUAUGAACAAGCUUCUGGGCAACAGCUAAAUCGGGAGAAGACAACGCUGUUCUUCAGUAAAAAUACGGGCAUUGAGGUCCAAGAAUCUAUCAAAGAUUUGUUGGGGGUUCCGGAGAUUAAGCAGUAUGAAAAAUACUUAGGCUUACCAUAUUUUGUGGGCAAGCGAAAGAAAGCAAGCUUGGCCUACAUUAAAGAUCGGAUUUGGUCUAAGCUCCAAGGGUGGAAAGAGAAGCUCCUCUCCCAAGCUAGUAGAGAAGUCCUUCUAAAGGCAGUGAUACAAGCGAUCCCAGCCUACUCUAUGAGUUGUUUUAAACUCCCCAUUUCACUUUGCCAGGAGAUUGAGACUAUGAUUCGACAAUUUUGGUGGGGACAGCGUGGUACAAGAAGACGUAUUCAUUGGGUAAAAUGGUGCACUUUGUGUAGGUCAAAAGCCUAUGGAGGUAUGGGGUUUCGGGAACUCAGAAAUUUUAAUGACGCCAUGCUAGCCAAGCAAGUAUGGCGCCUAUUAAAAAAUCAAGACUCCCUUUUUUACAGGUUCUUUAAAUCAAAAUAUUUCCCACAUGGGUCUAUUUUUUAUGCUAAAGACACUAAAGGGUCUUUUGCAUGGAAGAGCAUUUUGAAGGGUAGAGAACUCAUUAAGGGGGGAUUGAGGUGGAGAAUUGGGGAUGGUGCACAAGUGCGUAUUUUUCAUGAUUCUUGGCUGCCUGGGUCUCAACAUGGUAAGGUUUUUUCCCCUGCCCCUGAAAACCAUGAAAAUGCCUUGGUUUAUAGCUUAAUUAACCAUGAAGAUAGGAGUUGGAAUAUGGCUGAGAUUGACAGAGUGUUUUUACCUGAUGAGGCAGCCACCAUCAAGGCUAUCCCACUGAGUUUGUUUGCUCAGAAAGACCUCCCUUUUUGGCCGUUUUCCCGUGAUGGAAGGUUUUCGGUAAAAUCUGGUUAUCACCGUUUAAUGGAGCUUGAUGAAACAGAGCUGCAUGGUACGACGUACACUAGGACUGCAUCUCCAGUUUGGAAGGCCAUUUGGCGCAUGAACGUGCCAAAUCGUGUAAAGUCUCUCUCAGAGGACACGCAGCAUGCUCUCUGGUCCUGCCCGAUUCUAAAGGAUGUGUGGAAAGUGAAUUUUGAAAAGCUUGUGGCAGACACAGGAUCUUGCUCCAGUUUUCUGGAAGUUCUGGAACGUGCGGCAGCGGAAAAACCGUCAUUGGACCUGUUUGCUAUGAUAUUAGCGGAAAUCUGGCAGCGCCGAAACAGAGCUCAUGUGGGAGAGCCUACUGUACCGGUCUGCCAGGUUGCUCUUAAGGCCACUUGUGCGCUUCAGGAAUUCCAGCAGCUCCGCCCCAUUCAUGCUGUGAUACCAAGAACAGCCCGUGCAGUAAAAUGGAGGCCUCCCUCUGCGCCAUGUGUGAAGGCAAACUUCGACAGUGCUAUCUUCUCCCAAGAUGGACUAGCUGGCGCCAGCGUGAUAAUCCGAAAUGAGCAAGGAUUGGUUAUGGCUGCUUUAUCACAACAAAUUCCAUCACCUGCUUCGGUGGAGAUGGUGGAGGUGUUAGCGGCUCGUCAGGCUCUAGUUUUUGCUAGGGAACUUGGGUUUGACAGGAUGAUCUUGGAGGGUGACUCUGAGACAGUUAUCAAGGCUAUUCUUGGUGACUAUAUGGACUGCUCUUAUAUGGGUUAUGUACUGCAGGAUAUUAAGUUGUUGUUUUCUAGUUUUUCUUUUAUUUCAGUCAAGCAUAUUCAUAGGGAAGGAAAUUGUGUUGCCCACAAACUUGCUAGACGGGCUAUUAGAGAUCCUUUUCUUGUCUGGAUGGAGGCUGUUCCUCCAGAUAUUUUUGAUGAACAGAGCAGUGGAGAAAUCCUCUCAAAAUCAGCAAAAGCAAAACACACUCGCAACACCUCCUUUGACAACCUUAACACUACUACCACCACAACAACACCAACUCCUUCAGAUUCAUCCCCUGCUUCUGCAGUCCAAAAAUGGUUCUCCAACAUCCUCAAGCCCUCCAAUAACAACCCCACACCACCAUCACUCCCUUCCACUCCAGACCCUCCAACUCCCAAUCAAACUCUGCCACCUCGCCAGCUCCCUCACUGCAAGUCCCGGUUCCAAACUGACCCUUCCUCCCCUCGCCCACAGGGAAUCCCAACCCCUUCACGCCUCAACAACUCAACCCCAACAUUACUACCAGACAGUCUUGUUGAGAAGCAGCAACAACAACAGCAACAGCAGAAGCAGAAGCUGGUUCUGUCUCCACCUAGGAACCUUGUUGAGUCAGCACACCGGAGGUCGAUAUCUUUGUACACAUGUUCAUUUGAUAAGAUUGCUCCAAAGCUCAAAGCUACUACUAAUGUUGGAGAAGAGUUUAAGGAAGAGGAAGAAUAUUCUGUUGAUGAUGUUAGUCUUAAUGGGUUCUUGAAACAGCAGAGGAUCAAGGCUAAGAAGCUCUUGAAUGGGGAGCUUAAUGCCAAGGCACAGAUUGUGCUCUCUGGGCCUUCUAACAGUUAA